AUGGCCCGAGCGCACGAGCAACAACGAGUACAAGCUGGCUACGUCAUUGCGGCGCACGAGACUCGGGUAGAAAGGACCAGUGAGAUCCGAGGGGACCUCCGUGGAGCCACCAGCUCGUUGGGAAGCUUGUGGAUAAGUACAGGGCCAAGAGAAGCAAGCACCUGGGAAUGCAGAAUCAGAGACAUGGAUUUCCAAGGUCCGGCGCAUCCUAUGACGCCAUGGGAUUCUCCCAUUUUCCACUCUGCUCAAUUCCAUCAGCGUCCCAUGCGGCCAGGCGUCAUGUGCGCCUGUCAAUCCUACCCUGUGUGA